ACAACUGUUUUGCAAAAAUUUAUGAACUAUGGCAAAGCUGCUAAGAAAAUUUGCGCUGCUGAUGUGGAAAAACUGGCUCGUGCUGAAGCGACAUCCUUGGGUUCUAAUCGGCGAGAUCAUUUACGUUCUGUCCGUACUAGUUUUAAUAUAUCUUCUCCGAAGAGAUUAUAGUGUUUCCGAGCAGGAGACCUACUAUGGGUACCCGCAGGAAUUGGACUGGCGCUCUUUCACAAGUUCUGGAUGCGCUUCAGGCGAUUCUAAACAAAUCGCUUACUCUCCAACCAGCCCCUUAUUGCACCGAAUGAUGGUGUCAAGUUGCACCAGGGAAAAUUUAACGAUUCUGGAAUUUGACACGAAAGCAGAGUUGUCGGAAAAGAUCAGUACAGACAAUCAAUUCGUAGCUGGUUUGAAUGUUGCUUUAGAAUUUAGCGACAAUUUGCGCGGAAUCAACGAGAGCAAGGAUGUCCCUGAUGAUGUGGAAGUUACUAUAAGACUACCUCACAAGAUAGACAUUUCAGACAAGUGGUAUUCGGAUCGUCUGUACUCAUAUGUAAGUAAUAUGUGGGGGAGCUCAGGACAAUAUGCAUACGAGCGGAAGUUUUUAAGAUUACAAAGUUAUAUAAUGUUCUUCUUGGCGCAUGACGUUGAUUAUAUUGAAAAUUUUCCAACGGACAACACAAUAGUUUCUGUUUCCUUUCCACGUCCAGCCAUAUUGUACGAUGAAUUUUUUGGCGAAGAAAACCUAUCCGAACCGACUUUUAUUGCACUCAUAAUCUGUCUCUUCGUCUAUAACCACCUCGUUACAAUUAAAAAGGUCGCAUCAGAAAAAGAGAAACAAUUAAAAGAAUCGAUGAAAAUAAUGGGUCUCCCCGGAUGGUUGCAGUGGCUGUGCUGGUUCCUCCAAGCUUUGUUAUUCAACACCGUCUACAUAGUCCUCCUGCUAUGCAUGUACACUUACAUCGACCCUCCCAUAUUCGUUUACUCGAACGGUUGCAUAUUAUUCUUGUUCUUCUUUCUCUACGCGUUCAGUUUAAUCAGUCUUGCGUUUCUGAUCAGCACUCUGUUCGCAAAAGCCAACGCCAACGUCCUCAUCGGAUGCUUCAUCUUGCUCAUUGCUAUCUUUGCAUACUACUCCAUGGUGAACAGACCAGAGGAAAAAGGCGCUUCGGCACCGAUAGUACUACUGACGAGUCUGUUGCCUACUUCGGCACUAGGUUUCGGAAUGCAGAUCAUUUUUAUCUACGAAAGGAUUCAAAAAGGAGUCAACUGGCACAACGUUGCUACUAAACCAAUUCCGCUAGACGUAUCGCUUCGGGACAUAAUGUUGAUGUUGCUAGCAGAUGCAAUUCUGUACAUGUGCCUGGCUCUGUACAUAGAAAUAGUCUUUCCUGGUGAAUAUGGCGUACCGCAGCCUUGGUACUUUCUGUGUUUGCGUUCCACCUGGACAAGCAAGCCUACCUAUCUCAGAAGAAGACAGGUAGAGCAGUCCGCCACAUCUAAUCGGGAAAGCUUCGAACAAGUCGCCGGCAACAGACCGGUGGGGAUACAGCUGGUGAAUCUGACGAAAACGUUCGGAAGCCACCAAGCCAUCAAAAAUUUAAAUUUGGAAUUCUACCAAGGCCAACUCACUGUUCUGGUGGGUCACAACGGCGCUGGCAAAACUACGACCUUGAACGCGAUCACGGGAAUGUUACCUCCGAGCGGAGGAACGGUGUACGUUAAUGGCUACGACGUAAGGAAAAACAUCACGAAGGUUCGAGACGGGAUGGGACUUUGCCUCGAACACAACGUUCUCUUCGACGAAUUGACCGUUACCGAGCAUCUGCUUUUUUUUUCUAAACUCAAAGGACUGGAUGGUAAAGAGGCGGUAAGUGACGUUGACAAAUACGUCAAGGCGCUGCAGCUGGAGGAAAAAAGAAACAGUUAUCCAAGGACAUUGUCGGGAGGGAUGAAGAGGAAAGUAAGUGUAGCUGCAGCGCUCUGUGGACCGACGAAAGUGGUGAUUCUGGACGAACCCACCAAAGGCAUGGACCCGUCAUCGAGGAGGGAGGUUUGGAAUUUAUUACAAGAAAUAAAAGGAGCUAUAUCCCGUCCUCUCUGCAUGUGGCACUGGACCCUCGAGUUAUGUUGA